AAUUGCUCGUUGUAAUUUAACAGAGACAAUAUAGAGCUCAACGGUGAUGCAAGUGAUAAAUUUCGAAUAUAUGGAGGAGCACGAUUAUACAAAGAUUGAGUAAAACCCAUUGUUCUCUUUUACCAGCAAGAAGAGGAAUUGACAGUGGGGAUUCAAUGCUCUACUCAAUAUCUCCUCAUCCUACAUUUGGGCAUUUCCUCAAUAUUUUUGGGCAUCGGGGCCUUAAGAAAAAGAUACAGCGCCAUGUCCUGUUGAAGAAUGUUUCUACUCACAGGACCGUUUCGGCGAGCUCUUCAACAUCCUCUGCAAACAAAGCAAGAGGGGGUCUUCCUCGUUUCUAUUCUGAGCAGCUUCCUGCUUCUAAGGACAAAAUUGUACGUGUGGAGGGUGACGAGUCUUGGCACAUGACAAAAGUGUUGCGUUUAGGUGUCACUGAUAGGGUAGAGCUCUUCAAUGGGUGGGGAGAAAUUGUUGAAGGACAAAUUUUGAAAGUUGAUCGAUCUGGUGUUGAUAUUGUUGCUGCAGAGGACCCAGUCAUGCUUACUCCCUCAGGGCCACAAUGGCACGUAGUUGCUGCUUUUGGGACUUUGAAAGGUGGGCGAGCUGAUUGGCUUGUAGAAAAGAGCACGGAGCUCGGAGCAAGUAGCAUCACUCCUUUGCUGACAGAAAGGUCUACUUCAAUCAGUGAAAACCGGGUUGAUCGGUGGCAACGUGUAAUGUUAGCUGCACUCAAGCAAUGUCAAAGAUUACAUCAAAUGGUAGUGAAACCUCCAGUUGGAAUUGACUGCAUUUUACCUCAAAUAACAGCAUCAAGCUUAUCUUUUCUGGCAAUGGCAGAGGCAACCCCACUUGUUGAUGCGUUAUCUGUGGUGGACAAAAAUGCUGGUGGGUUGCUAUUAGUUGGACCUGAAGGAGAUUUCACUGAUAAAGAGGUCAAAGCAUUGACUAAGGCAGGUGCUAUACCUGUUGGUCUUGGGCCUUGUCGACUACGAGUUGAAACAGCAACAAUCACAUUAUUGGCAGCAGCAAUGCUUUGGACUGAUGUUCAUCAUGUAGAAUCAUGAUGUGCUAUGAUAAACCAAGCUAACUUAAUAGUCACCAUUGAUAUUUUCUCCACUGGAAGCAGAAAGAAACUUCAUAAUGCUUUUGUAUUGACAAUGAUGUUUUUAACCAAAUACACAUGAAAUAGUUAACUAUUUUU